AUGUCACCAAAAAACAAAACGUGCGGCGGAUGUUUCCGCAAGAUUGAGGACAGACGGAGGUGUUUGACAUGCCAUACGUGUAAAAAGCACUACGAUUUGGUGUGCGCCGGCGUUACUGAGCAGCGCUUCCAUGGCACGUUGGUCGGGGAGCAUAGGGACCGGUGGCGGUGCGUCGCCUGCGUCAGCGCGCAGCCCAAGCGCGACAAUACGGACACGCCGGUCCGGGCCGCUGUCGACGACGGCGUCACGCUGCGGCGGGGCGCCUCCUCCAUGAGCCCCGUCGGCCUGGACGUCUCCAUGCUUGAGGGGCCGGCGUUAGACGACACCGCGCACAACGCGACUGUAGAGAUGCCAGACUUCCACGCCUUCGUCCUUGAGAUGAGGCAAUUCCGGGAGGAGGUGCGGGCCAUGCACACCCGGAUCGACGCCGUGUACGGCGAGAUAAGGGAGCUGACGGGCCGGGUGAUCCGCUGCGAGGAGAAGGUCGGAGCCGUCGAGCAGCGCCUGCACGUGAUCAACCUCGCCGUGCAGAGUGGCGCCUCGGCCGGCGCGGCGCGGAUGGACGCGCUCGAGCAGCGGCUGGAGGCCGGGGCGGCGCCCGGGCCGGGGGCGAGCGCGCAGCUGGAGCGCACCGUGGCCGAGCUCAGGCUCGAGCUCAACGAGCGGGACCAGGAGGCCCUGCUCGCGGACCUGGAGAUCGGCCACCUCCCGGAGGAGAAGGGGGAGAACGCCGUGCACAGCGUCGCGGUGCUGGCCGGCCGGCUGGGCGUGGCGCUGGACGAGCGGGACGUGGUGUUCGCGGAGCGCGUGGGCGCGCCGCCGGCCGAGGCGGGCGGGCGCGCGCGCCGCCUGGUGGUGCGGCUGGCGCGGCGCCACCUGCGCGACGAGCUGCUGCGCGCCGCGCGCGUGCGCCGCGGCCUGGCGGGCGACGGUGGCGGCAGGGUCUACGUCAACGAAAGGUUGACUCGCCCCAACCGCCUGCUCUUCCACCGGGCGCGCGAGGAGUGCCGUAGGUCACAAUGGCGAACCAGCGGGCGUAUGUCAGAGAAUGUUUUGUCCUUCAAGGCCGAUGCAUCCGACAACAAGGCCAGAUACACGUGCGAAGCGAAGAAUAUCAUGAUCAGCAACACCUUGAAGGCUGAGAUCGACCUCACCGUGCUCUUUGCUCCAUCUCACGUCACCAUAUCUGGACCCUCUGAAGCAAGAGUAGGAGACCCGGUCCCUCUCAGCUGUAGCACCGCUCCCUCCAACCCAGCAGCUGACAUCAAAUGGCUGGUGCUCGGGAAACACCACAAGGAAGCCAGCAACAGAACCGUCAUAUCGCCCGAAGGUGGCUGGAUCACGACCUCCAACAUAACGGUGGUGGUGGAACCGAACCGGCGCUCCAUCGUGGUAGUCUGCCAUGGGAUCAACGCACAGCUUACGGAGAAUGUCGUGGCAACGCACACAAUCAACGUGCUAUACCCUCCUUCAGCACCGAUGAUCACCGGAUACAUCCCAGGGACUACCCUCUCAGCUGGAACGGUCCAGAAGCUGUCCUGCAUAUCCUCGGGAGGGAAUCCACUCGCCACCCUGACCUGGUUCAAGAACGACAAGAAGAUCCACUCAGUGACGAAAACCACUGACAAGUCGGUGUCAGCGGAGAUAUCAAUCCUGACCAACGUGACUGACAACCAGGCGCAGUACCGCUGCGAAGCAACCAACAGCGCCACUGAGAUACCGCUGUUUGAGACUGUCACGCUGAACGUUCACUUUGCACCAGAGACAGUGAAGGUGAGAGCAGUGCCGGAAGAGCUCAAGCCGGGAAUCGAAGCGACUCUCUACUGCGACGCCGCAUCCAGCAACCCACCCGCCACUCUGUCGUGGUGGCGCGACGGCAUACCGGUUCAAGGGUCUCCAAUGCAACUGAAGAAGGGUCUUCACGGUGGAACGGUGUCCACAAUAGACUUGAAACUGAACGUGACCAAGGAAUUGAACGGAGCCGUCUAUACUUGCCAGGCUAUGAACGAAGCGCUUCAACGAAGCGUCCACGACGCCCUGAGUUUGAAAGUGCUUUACGCGCCAAUCUUCGACGAGACGACCCCAGAAACGGCGGUAGGCGAAGAGAAUGAACCUCUCAUCAUCAUGCUGCGAGCUGACGGCAACCCUGGCAGCAUCACGUACACCUGGACCAAAGACGGCCUGCCCAUCACGCAGUCCUCGUAUAGCAGCGGUAACGAUAGAAUAAUAUCAGAAGGCAGUAUGCUGAACAUGACCCGCCUGUCGCGGGCUGAUGCCGGCGUGUACACGUGUGAGGCCGUCAACUCGCAGGGGGCAGCUACCGUCAAUAUCACUGUGUCUGUGCAUUAUGCGGCCAGCAUAAAAGCCACAGGCCAAUCAGCGAUACCGAACCAAAACGAAGACGCUGUUUUAUCCUGCACAGCAACUGGCAACCCACUGAAUUCAGAACACAUCCGUUGGCAGCGCAAAAACUACGAUAUGUCUUCAAAAACUGUCAUAUUUGAGCCUAAGAAUUCAACCAGCUAUUUGACUAUCCCGAAAGCGACGAGAGAAGACGUGGGGAAUUUCCAGUGUAUUGUGAAUAAUGGGGUGGGGAAAGAAACUAAGCAAGACGUCAUGUUGGUUGUCAAGUUCAAGCCGGAGAUAGAUUCGACCCCGAAUCUGAUGAAGUCCGCGUCGAAUGUGGGUCAAGUGGGCAGGUUGACUUGCAAAUGCCAAGCCGCGCCACCCCCCAACUUCACGUGGUCCAAAAAUGGCGCCAAGUUACCCGUCAACACGUCAACGAAAUACUUUGCUGAGUUCCACAAGAUCGACGCCAUAACUUACACUUCUGUGCUUCUGAUUAAUGACGUCACGUCCUCCGAUUACGGGUCUUAUGAAUGCGGGGCCAGGAACGAUCUGGGCUUUGGUACUACUUCUGUGAAACUGGAUAUUACUAGUGCACCUGACCAAGUCAUAUCGCUCGCCGUCACAAACGUGACUCACAACUCUGUGACUUUGGAGUGGGUGCCUGGAUUCGACGGCGGACUGAGACCAUGGUACAGGAUUCGAUACCGCAAAAUCUACGACGAUUCCUACAAAUACGAAGACGUCAAGCCCAAAAACUCGACUACCUUCACGAUUGGAGGCUUGGAGAGGAGCACGGACUACGUGUUUUCUGUGAUGGCGAUCAACAACAUCGGACAGAGCAAAUACAGGCCUGAUGACACGAAAGUCACGACAUUGACAUCACCCUCAUCCGAAGUAGGCGAGUUGAACGUCAUAUCGACAGAAUACGUCGAAACAGCUGACGUGUCCAAAUCAGUAGUGGUGUACGUGUCAAUAACUGGCGCUGUGCUAGUUCUGAUAAACGCUGCCUUAGUCGCUUGCUUUGUAUUGAAACGCCGCUCUAGAAGGCUGAAAGAACAAGCGGGCCAAGCGUCAAAGUCAGCCACCAUAGAGAUGUAUGCACCAUCGUCGUACAACGACACCAUGACGGGAGAGACUCUGAGCUCCGUCUCCGAGAAGUCAGAGACGUAUUCACAGGACGAAGAUGAUCGGCAGCCGCCUCCCAUACCAGAGGUGCCGACGAUGCCGAACCGGCAUAUGCUCAGCCAGCAGACCGACGCCUACCUCCUAGACGAGCAGGGACUCACCAUCCCUCCUCCCCUCGACUACCCCCCGCCGAACUACGCGGUGUACGAAGGAGACCACGCGCGGACGCUGCCGCAUCCUCACAGGCACAAAGAUAUUAGCGGACAUAGCACGCUAGGACGAAGUGCAGGCAAACAAAACUACGUGCCCGCACCCAGCCCGAUGCCUCCACUCGACGGGUCCUAUUACAACAUGGCGUCGGAUAGAUACUUGUCGUACCCGCCACUUAUUGGGGAAUUCUUGCAACAGCAAGCGGGACGCACCCCCACCCCGCCGCAGCAGUAUGGGGCCCAGCCUCUGCCAAAGCCUCACCUCAUGAACGGAGGAGUGCCGGGAGGAUCGCCCUCGCAUAUGGCCAGCCCGCCGCAUAAUUAUGGUCUUGAUGGACUGAGCACUGAAAUACCCCAGACCGACGCCUACCUCCUAGACGAGCAGGGGCUGACCAUCCCGCCUCCCCUCGACUACCCUCCGCCGAACUACGCGGUGUACGAAGGGGACCACGCGCGGACGCUGCCGCAUCCUCACAGGCACAAAGAUAUUAGCGGACAUAGUACGCUGGGACGAAGUGCUGGCAAACAAAACUACGUGCCCGCACCCAGCCCGAUGCCUCCACUCGACGGGUCCUAUUACAACAUGGCGUCGGAUAGAUACUUGUCCUACCCGCCACUUAUUGGGGAAUUCUUGCAACAGCAAGCAGGACGCACCCCCACCCCGCCGCAGCAGUACGGGGCCCAGCCUCUGCCAAAGCCUCACCUCAUGAACGGAGGAGUGCCGGGAGGGUCGCCCUCGCAUAUGGCCAGCCCACCGCAUAAUUAUGGGCUUGAUGCACUAGACCGUCAGUCUUCCGGCGGCACGUUGCGGCGGCAGCGGCUGGACAAGAUGGCGGUGCCGCCGCCUGACGUCACAGUCCUGCACCAGGGUAAUUGCAAUCAGCACCCUCAACUAUCGCAGACACCUUCAAUGGUAAAACAACCGCAGUCCAUCUUAAAAGACCCGUCAAGGCACAAGUACGGCAACCAGUACGGGAGCCCUGUGUCUUCCAGCACCCCACAGAACAGCAACUCCAGUCAAAUACUCACUGUCCAAAACCUCACUUCUGACGUGCCACAAUACGGCACCAUCAGGAAAGAAAACAAAAAACAAAACGUGACCAUAGACGAAUCGUACAACAAAAGGAGUGAAACCCACGUCGUUUAAGUGUUACAGUGUACAUACUAGAAACAAUUGUAGAUAGAAUCGAAAUAAUUCAUGUGAUACGAACGAUAUAACAGUGCAAUUAGUUAGAAAGUGACUAUUGAGUGAUCAGCCCUGGACUGGACAGCGAAUUGUAAGUAAGGGUGAGUUCACACUCAGAGUGAGUGACACUCGUUGAGUAAGUCACUCACUCACUCACUGUUAUUGUAAAUACCGUAGAUAGUUGUUGACAUUGAGUCACUGACUUUGCAACUCGUUAUGAGUUUCACUCUUAACCCCUUAAUAAUAAAAGUUACACCCUAGUUGAACUCUGGCUCAAAUUGACAUUUAGUAUAAAAUGUCAUUUUAAUCCAGGGGUCAUCUUAGGUGUAACUUUUUAUUAAUAAGGGGGAUUGUGUAAAUAUAGCUAGUUAGUUAUUAACAAUGAGUCAAGGGUUCUCUCACUCAAGCUCACAUGGUGUCAAAUCUAUGUUUAGUUGUACUUUUGCCUAAGUCAAAGGAUGCUGAGAUGUCGAACUAACUAGAAACUUAAAAUUGGUAAGAAAUUUUAAGAUUGUAGAAAGUUUCUUACAAAAUUGAACUGAGACGAACUCAUUGUGUUUAAAGACUUUUAGUUAGCGAAUGAUUGUCAUUCGGGUGUCCUAAAAUUGUGUCAAUAUUUAGUUGUUUAAUACGUGUAUUGAUAAUUUAGAUAGUCAUGUUUUGACAAUACAAUGCAAUGUUAUUUGUGUGCAAUUAGACUUUUAGUUACGUGUGAUUGAAUCGCCGAGUCACUCGAGUGACAGUCACUAAUUCACUCACUCUGCGAUUGAGUCGCUGAGUCACUCAAGUGACUGAGACGCCAAAUCCCUCAUUUUGCGAUUGAUUCGCCGAGUCACUCAAGUGACAGUUGCUAAGUCACUCAUUGUGCGAUUGAUUCGCCAAGUCACUCGCUGGUCGCUGUGAGCCACUUACAGUUCGCGAGGUUAUUGUUUGGGCUGAAGUCUGGUUGUACAUUUCGACUGACUUAUCAUUAUUAUUAUUAAUAAUUAUAAUUACAUGUAAUACGAGACAUUACGUCCAAAAGACAUGAAGGAAACACUCAUGUCCAAUCGAAGUAAAUCAUUUUAGAAAUUAUAUUUAGAUAAUAAUAAUUAUAAAAUUUUAUUAUUAAAAAUUAUUUCUCCUUUUUGCUAAAAAUAAAUCGAACGAUUCCCACGAUGGAUCUCUUUAAGUUUUUUCGAUAGAUUAAUGAUUGUUACGGAAUGAUUAAAGUUUCAAUGUUUUAAUGAAUCAUUAUGAAUGAAAUGAUAAAAAUUAUUGGGGAAAUUUUGAAUUAUACCCGUCGGUUAUAACCGUUUGUUUUAAGAUUGUUCUUUGUAAAGGUUUAGAUACAUUUAUUUUCUAAAUGUUGGAAUGCAUUUGUUAUUAAAUAUUCAUUUAAUCA